AUGAGGCUCCCUCCUGGUAGAGAGUUCAUUAGCACAGAGUUCAGAACAACUGAAACGAAAGUUUUUGAUGAGAAAUGGCAUCAACUGCGACUGCUGGUCACUGAGGAAGAUGUCACUCUGUACGUUGACGACCUGGAAAUUGAAACACUAUCCUUGGAGCCUCCUGUCGGCAUUUUCAUCAAUGGAAAAACUCAAGUCGGAAAAUAUGUCCGUAAAGAAACAACGGCACCGUUUGAACUCCAAAAGCUGCGCAUCUACUGUGACCCUGAGCAGAACAACCGCGAGACUGCAUGCGAAGUACCGGGAGUGUGUUCCAACAGUCCGGAUUAUGCCGAGCCAACUGAAGAACCUUGCGUUUGUCCUCCGGGACCUCCAGGGCUUCCAGGAAUGAAGGGUGAACAGGGGAAUGAAGGCAAAUCGGGUCAGCCUGGACGUGUUGGUGCUGAUGGUAAGCCUGGGGUGCCUGGCACUAGAGGAAGUCCAGGGUUUUCAGGUCCACCAGGACUAAAGGGCCAACGUGGAGCAGAUGGCUUGAAAGGGGAACAAGGGAGGCCGGGUGUUUCGGGCGAUAGGGGUGUUCCGGGAUUAUCAGGACAGCCUGGGCAACUUGGAGAGAAGGGCCCAGUUGGUUUACCAGGACGAGCAGGGAUGCCGGGUGAAGAUGGAAAAAUGGGACAGAAAGGGAGUAUGGGACCUCCCGGGCCUUUAGGCUAUAGAGGAGAAACUGGCCAACCUGGCAGAGAUGGAAAGGAUGGACCUCCUGGGCAACUUGGUCAAAAGGGAGAAACUGGGGCCAGUGGUAUCCCUGGUGCUGAUGGAAGGGCCGGGCGUCCAGGUAUACCCGGUUCACCAGGGAUGGCAGGUUUAAUCGGACUAAAAGGAGAGGCGGGAUUUCCUGGAUCAAGAGGCCCCCAAGGAUCAGACGGACCACCAGGGGAGAUGGGCCCACCCGGUUCGCCUGGCUUGAAUGGGCAAAUGGGCCCAAAGGGGAUUAAGGGUGAACAUGGAAGUCCGGGUAAACAAGGGACACCAGGUUCUAUGGGCACGCCAGGAGAGCCAGGACAAGCGGGUCAGCCAGGGCACCAAGGUGUGCCCGGCCUGAUGGGAAGCAAGGGAGAAAGGGGUAAUGCAGGUGAAAGAGGAGAAAUGGGAAUACAAGGAGAAAAAGGGCAACAUGGCAAACCCGGGAACCAUGGAUCGCCGGGUCUGCAGGGCCAAAAGGGGGAGAAAGGGACAACAGGGGAUUUGGGACAGAGAGGUCAAGAAGGUCAAAUGGGACGGCCUGGACAGCCAGGUCAGACAGGUCAGCUGGGACCUCGAGGGCCUCAGGGGGAUACGGGUCCUCCUGGCCAACCUGGACCUGCGGGAAGAUCUGCCAGUGCAAUUUCUGACAUGCACAUUCGUCAAGUUUGCAGAGAAAUUCUUCAGGCUGAACUACCUUCUAUGUUGCUGAGCCACCAAUCAAGCAGCUGUGACACCUGCCACAGCCGUCCCGGAUUACCCGGCGCUCCAGGUGAUUCAGGACCUCCAGGCAACAACGGACUUCCUGGCCUAAGUGGAGUCCGAGGACAGCCAGGCUACCCAGGUCGUCAAGGGCAUCCCGGUCAUAACGGGCUAAAAGGUGAACCUGGUCCUAAGGGUGGAAUUGGAAGCCCAGGACGAACCACGAAUGGCGAUCAAGGACCACCUGGACCUGCAGGUCCUCCCGGUCCUAACGGCUAUGGCAAACCGGGUACCCCAGGUAAGCCUGGUCCACCUGGUCAAAACGGGAUGCAGGGUAAAAGCGGUAAUGCCGGCCUUCCUGGCCAGCCUGGGGUGUGUGAUCCUUCCUUUUGCUAUGGCAGCAUGAUGAGGAGGGCCCACUACAGCAAAGGACCAAACUAUUGACACUAGCUGUGUGACACAAACCAAAGCAUUCUCAGGAAAAUAUCAUCCUUAAAGUAACAAAUGGACCUCUUUAGAGUAAAAUCCCAUCACAUGUUUAUUUUGGACAAUCAAAGUUAAUGCUUUUAAGAUGUUGGUGCCUUUAAACGUCUAACAUGUUUGCUGGCUGAUCUCAUAUUGCCCCCUGGUGACAGAUUGCUAUAUGUAAGUUGACCGCUUAUGAUGAAGAUCAGUGGUCCGCAAACUGUUUUUAAUUCCACCUAAGACAUAUUCAAAAUGUGUAUUUCUGUACAAAAGCACUCUAAAUGCGCCUUUAGCUAUAAUAACUGGCAUUAUUUUGUGUUCUGAAAGCAUUCAGUCUGACUGAACUUUUCUGUAGAAUCACCACAAUUGACAAAGAUGCUCCAUUUAGGAGUAUAAGGGUAUUAUUCACGAGAUUGUAGGCUGGCAUUAUGUCUCUUAGUGAAUUAUAUUCCUCAGGCCCUUCAUUACUGUAGCACGUAUUUGUUUCUUAUUUAUAAUUCUGAGUCUGAGUCAUAUAUGUGGAUUUUUUUUCCCAGCAUUGCCAUGUUUUAUGUUUUUGUAAAACUUAUUUUCAGUCUUAUCCAAAUUAAACUAUGCUUUUAAAUGUUUACUUUAUUUCAAGAGUUCAUCAAACACCAUUUAGUGUUGCAUAUACAAACCCCGUUUCCAAAUGAGUUGGGAAAUUGUGUUAGAUGUAAAUAUAAACGGAAUACAAUGAUUUGCAAAUCCUUUUCAACCCAUAUUCAGUUGAAUGCAGGGGUUUGUAUGUUUGUUAUUGUCAGCGGUGUGUGUUCUUUCCUACUCCUAAAAUGUUGAUUCAAAUAUCCAUCCAUCCAUUUUGUACCGCUUGUCCUUUUCGGGGUAUGUUCAAAAUAUUUUUUUUCCUUGU